AUGACGCACACAGACUCGCUUUCGCUGCGCCAGUGUCGUCGCCGUAACCUAAGCACGGCCUUUCUCCUACUCUCGCUUGUUCUGGUUUCGUCUCUCCACUCCACGCUGGCCUAUCGCUUAUCUUCAGGGAUCCGCGCGGACAAGCUCCGCGGGAUGAUGCGCGGAUGGGCGCAAGGCGGACGCUCGACCGGCCAGCAGCCACAGCAGCAGCAGCAGAGCGGCGGAAUGGGUAGGACCAGUAUGGGCGGCGGCGGAAUGGGCGGGAGCGGAUUUGGCGGCGGCGGAAUGGGCGGCAGCGGCAUGGGCGGCGGCGGAAUGGGCGGGAGCGGAAUGGGCGGCGGCGGGAUGGGUGGUGGCGGAAUGGGCACGGGCGGAAUGGGCGGCUGCGGCAUGGGCGGUGGCGGAAUGGGCGGCGGUGGCAUGGGUGGCGGCGGAAUGGGCGGCGGCGGCAUGAGCGGCGGAGAAAUGGGCGGCGGCGGAAUGGGCGGCGGCGGCAUGGGUGGCGGCGGCAUGGGUGGUAGCGGAAUGGGCAGUGGAGGAAUGGGCGGCGGCGCAAUGGGCGGAGGCGGCAUGGGUGGCGGCGGGAUGGGCGGCGGCGGAGUGGGCGGCGGCGGCAUGGGUGGCGGCGGAAUGGGCGGUGGCGGAAUGAGCGGCGGCGGCGGAAUGGGCGGCGGCGGCGGCAUGGGUGGUGGCGGAAUGGGAGGGGGCAUGGGCGGCCCUGGUUCCUCUGCUCCCGGAUCACAAGCAUCCAUGGGUCCUGGGGAAGGCAUGGGCGGCGGCAGCAUGGGCGGAGGCGGAAUGAGCAGCGGCGCAAUGGGCGGCGGCCGCAUGGGUGGUGGUGGCAUGGGUGGCGGCAUGGGCGGACCUGGGUCCUCUGCUCCUGGAUCACAAUCAGCCAUGGGCCCUGGGGGGAACAUGGGCGGUGGUGGCAUGGGCGGCAGUGCCAUGGGCGGCGGUGGCAUGGGUGGCGGCGAAAUGGGCGGCGGAGGCAUGGGCGGCGGAGGCAUGGGCGGCGGAGGCAUGGGCGGCGGAGGCAUGGGCGGCGGAGGCAUGGGCGGGUCAGGGUGGGUUGCUCCAGGGUCGCAGGCAGCACCCGGCCAGGGUGGACCUGGGAUGGGCGGAGGGAUGGGCGGAGGGAUGGGGAGAGGGAUGGGCGGCGGGAUGGGCGGCGGGAUGGGCGGACCAGGGCCGUUUUCUCCCUGA